UUCCCCUCUGAGCUGUGAAGUAUGCAACACCCGACCUCGGGGAACACACAAGCUGCCGAGCUCGCCGUCGACUGAAGGAGCCCGCUACCCGAGCUGAGCCUGAAGCGUCAUGGCCGUGUGGGGCAGGAACCCGCUCCUGGGGGUCGCUCCUCUGUGGAUGUGCUUUGGGAGAGCCGAGGCGCUGGCUCUGUCCGAGCCUCAGAUCUGCUACGUGCUGGACGGCAUCCUGUUCCUGUACGGCAUCAUCCUGACCGCCCUGUACUGCAGAAUCAAGAUCAACAGCGCUAGAGAGGCCAAAGGAGCCAAAGGCAGCCAGAACGUGGAGGAGGGCAUCUACACGGGCCUGAAACCUCACGCCACCGACACAUACGAGACCAUCGGCAUGAAGAAGUGAUGCGGCAGGAAGGAAGUCCACUUCUUUUUUUUCUGUAUUUAAUAACCGCAUUUACCACUCUGCUUUUAUAGAACCUUUUCCUCACACGCUGUUUCAGAACUGAAGAGGGACAGAGAAUGUACACCAGCUCUGUCCGGCAUACAUGCAACUUUAGGUCUUCUUCACAAACAUUUGUGUGGAUAGAACCAAACAGAAUCGUUUGAUUCAUUUAUUUAGAAUUUUAAAAAUAAAGCUUUGAAGCACAAACUCAUGAAUAAAAGAAAUCAGGCAGAAAGAUUUAUUUAGAGCCUUUUAUUUAAUUUAUCACUCAAACGAAGAAAAAUCAUUUGGCAAAACGGAGAAAAAGUUCACAGAAACUUAUAAAGCAAAAGGAAUCAUUUAUAUUUCUCUGUAAAUACAUUAGUUCAUUUCAUUAACAUUAAUGACAAGUCUGGAUGUUUUUUUUAAAUAUAUCAUUUGAUUUGAAAGCUUUGGCUCUCUUAAGUUAUUCCAUAUAUAAACUUUUCUCAUUAAGGUCCAAGUUUUGUUCUAAUUUUGCUUUUUUAUGGUUUCUUGUCCUUUAAAUUUUGAAUAAACUAAAUUUUGCAGCCUG